AUGAACUAUACCGGAGCUGGAAUAGUUGUGGCCGUGGUCGACGAAGGACUAAACACGAACCACCCAGAGCUGCGCGAGAAUUACGUGAGUGUCAGUAAAAAGCUGCGUUUUAGCUUGUAGUUGCUUUUGUACGCAUGUGUGCGAAGGACUACUUAAGAUCUGUUUCUGUAUUCAAUAUGCAGUCAUGGAUAUUGUUCUGAGAACAAAAUACUCCAGUUACAUUCACACAAUGUGUUUGUGUCCCUUAAAGGAAGGAAAAGAAAAGGAAGAAAUACUUUAGUUAUAAAUUCCUUAGCUAGUUCAUUAAUACCUUCUGCUUUUCGUAGGAUAAAAAAGCCAGUAAGGAUUUCGUUGAUGGCGAUUCUCAUCCUGAACCGCGUAGCAGUUACGUUAUGUCUGGGUAAGUAAGUAUUUCUAGGUUCCCGGGUGAACUUCUCAGCCUUGCAAGUAAAUAAGGACUGUGGAUACGGCUAGUCUACCUCUACCAAUAUAAAUUAUUUUCCAGAGUAAUUUUAAAAGCCAUAUUUUGCCAGUCCCUCUUUUUUUCAUUAGCAUAAUUCAAGUGGAGGUUAUAACCAUCCCAUUUUACCUCUGUGGACUGGAGGUAUGAGUUUACCGCUAAUGCUGGCAUCCUCUGGAGUUAGUGAUUAACACUCUCUUAAGCAAUUAUCGUGAGAAACCUAAGUACCUCUUUUCUUGUGGGCCUAAUCUCAAUCUGCACAUGACUUGGGACUUUUUUAACUCAACUUGUUUUAACCAUUAGGCAUGGCUCAAAGUGUGCCGGGAUAAUUGCUGCAAAAGGAAAUAAUGGAUUUUGCGGCGUUGGCUUGGCUUACAACGCAAGGAUAGGAGGUAAGAAUAGUGAACUUACGCAACAUGACGGGAGAGAAAAGAAGACGGCAACCCUUACGUGACAAGCGUGACGAUAAUUUUGUUUGAAUCAACUUUUCGCCAAACCGUGGCUUCACUUUCCUUUAAACAGAUCUUUCUGUAGAGGACCAGAAAGCAUUGUUUAUUUGGUGUUAAGUGAAUAUAACGACAAGAUAAGCAAGUAAUAGCCCUGUCACACACAAGUGUUUUGCCGUCCUCUUCUUCCUCCCGUCCUGUUGCGUAAACUCACUAACAUUUCGUUCUCUUACUUUUUCAUGGCCUCAGUCACAGUAGUAAAACACGUUUCUGCUGGUCUAUCGUAAUGAGAGCAGCCACCAUGGUGAAAAGAUAGAAGAUGGCCUUUCUGACCAAACACACGCCUUUAGUCUGCUUGUGAUUUCCAACGACGUUCUUCAUAACUCGAUCUACAUCUGUACGCCCGCUGAAAAGAGCACUAACCUAUUGGAGUGCAAAACAGUUCAUAUUUUUGCGUAUUCAAGUACGUGCGAGCAGCCAAACCGAAGAUUAAGCUGCGCUAAACCGAUUUUUAGAAAAAAAAAAAGAAACUUGAAAAAAAAAACCCGACUGUUUUGCAGUCUACUAAAGUAUUAAUCCAGGCAAUCUUUUAAAUGCGCAAGGCUAACAGUAACAAACAAACCGUAAAGUUAAGGAGAAAUGUAAAACCGUUUUCUUCUAGAGAGAUCGCAGUUGAGAUAAAUCCUUUUUUUUUAACGUUUCCUUUCCUUUUCAGUUUUCUUUCUUCUAUCGUGCCCCGGCUCCCCCCUCUCUGAAAUUAGGGACUUAAAGAUUCAACGACGCGACGGCGAGGAGAACGGCUAGAAAACGAUAGGUUUAAAAAGGGUGCGUUUCAUUACUAAAAUCCAAGAUCAGAUCAAAAAUCCGGAUCAUUAGGAUUUUAGAAACGACCCACAUUAUCCACGGUUACUAACAGUGUUGCAAGUUUGCUGAUCUUUCAUUGUAUUCUGACGAUUAUCUCAAGGAUACUAGUUUGGACGGGACAAAUGAAGACGAAUCUUGCAAUAAGAUAUGUACUCGAAAAAUAAAGUCUUGCAAGACACGCCGGCGAAGUUGUGUAGUAGUUUUGUCCUUGUGAACUAGAACAAUGCAGGUUCUGAUUGCAUUGCCAUUUUACCACUCCGAUAAAACGUGUAAAACGGAUCGUUUAAUUCCUGCUCGGGUUAAAAAAUGACCGGACUGAGAUGAGCAGUGUAGUCAAACAGCUGAUGUAUGCAUUAAAAUUGUUUCGAGUCACCGCUGGCAGUGUUCACUCUUUUCGGAUCCGUAGGAAAGAAGCUCUUCGGACUAUGUAUCCAAAGUAUCCGGUUUUGGAUAUGAUCCAAAGAAUCCACCUCCGUUGAGGAUCAUUUGGAUCAAUAACCCGUUUUUGGAUUUUAGUAAAGAAACGAAAGAUCCGUUUUCGGACUAAAAUUCGGAUGUGGAUUUUGGUACAGAAACGCACCCUUAAUAAGCAAAACAACAACUUUGCACGUGCAUCACGCUUUGUUGUACAUUUCUUUUAGUCGUGUUUGCACGACUACGACGUGAAAAUGCCUAAUUUCGUGUUUUAUGGAGAACGUAAUGGUGAUGUUACACGGGACGAUUUGCAACGACAAUUUUUAGCGCAACACAGCGUGGCAAUGUUGGAACAAUGUUGUAACUAUUCAAAAAAUGUUGGAGAACGCUGUGUUGCGCUAAAAAUCGUCGUUGCGAAUCGUCUCGUUUAACAUCACCUUAAACAAGCAACGACGAAAUUUUAUUUCGCUUUCUGAACUUUGAUAUGGUCCCUUGGAAUUCAAAAGAUAUAUAUUUAGGCUGUGUCCAGAUCUGCCCAUCCCAAAAAGGCCUCGUUACCUUGAAUUCUGUGAAAUGCGCGUUUUUCGUCCUGUUCGAUUAUGCUGUCAGCGUAUCUUUUAGAACAAUAUAUUGAUCGAGAUAAAACACAAUCACGGUGUGCAAAAAAGAAACAGGUGUAAGAUUUUCAAUGACAGAAAUUUUUACUAACCGCGUCGGGAUAGUAAGGCUCAUUUUCAUUAUUUAGUCAGGAGGGUUCGCGUACAUUUGACAAAGCAAGUGGGUAGGAAUAAUCGCGAUAAAGACUGAAACAAUGUAAAUUCACUUUUUAAGCGGCGUUCUCGUUGCUAUCGCGUCAUUGGAUUCUAAAUCACCAGAACGUGGCCUGAUCUCUGGGUAAAUGUGAAUUACGUCUGACUGUGUUAUAGGUGCUGGAAAGACCUAAAUCAUUAGUUUCUCCCUAGUUCGCCUAGAUUUUAUAAUAUUGUCUUUGAACAUUCUAUAAUGAUUUUGGUCAAAAUGUCGGUUGGAUUAGUUUCAGUAGAAUUAUGUAUUUUCCUCUAUAUCUAAUGAGGUUUCGCAAUUAGCCUUGUUUUAAAACAGAGACUUAAGAUUUUCUUGUUUUUAGUUUACAACGACUCUGCAUUGUUGGUUAAUAUUUGAUUUAUUUCAGUACGUUUGCGCCAUAAUGACAGUCUUAAUUCCAAUGAAGAAAUUCCUUUUAGCUUUUAACGUAAACGACCACAUCUUUCAUACAAAUUAUCAAAACCUCAUGCAGUUUCCCCGGUCAAUCUAGUCCUAAAACAAGCUUGGAACUUUAUAUUUAAAUGCUUUUAGGAAUUCGCUUAUUCAAGGACGAAAUGGCAACUGAUAUGAAGGAAGCAAAGGCUCUAAUGUUUAACCGCGACUACAUUGAUAUAUACUCCAACAGCUGGGGGCCUGAUGAUAGAGGUUUUCUAGUAAAAGGACCAGGCAGGGCAACUCAAGCCACACUUGAGGAAGGAGCGAAAGAGGCAAGAUGACAAUGUGCUUUGUUCUUCUUAUGAUAGAGAGCUUUUAAGCGUCACGUUUACGGCAAACGGCAAGCGGUUGCUUUCCGUUUGCCAUCGAGAAUCACUGCGUCUUGUCCUAAAGCUCGACGUAUAUAUAUCUCAGUUUACAGUAUUCAUAGAAAGUCGGUUUUCUUUUCUUAACAGUCCUUUUAUGGCAAACGUUGUAUUGAAGCAUACAGUUGUACGAUCCCUUAUGAAUGCGACAGCUAACAAUAAAUAAAUAAAUAAAUAAAUAAGAUUUUACUGACGUUUUAAGUCAACUCUUCAAGGCAAACGACAAACGGCGAAGGUGAAAAAUGUCAAAGAAAAUUCAGUUUAUCACGUAUCUAUCUCCGCCAUUUGUCGUCGUUGCCUUAAACCUGGUGCUUAAACUCUACAAAUUAUACUGAACUUAAGUUACUUUAAACUUUUACACAAUCUUUUCACUUCUUUACGGGCAUGUUUGGAGUAAUACGCUUGUGUUGCAGUCGAGCGUUUUACACUAAAGUGACAUCACUAUGGUAUUUACAGCCGAUAAAUGUGCAUUAUUCUAUAGGGACGUAAAAAAAGAGGAUCUAUAUUUGUGUUUGCGGCUGGUAACGGUGGAAUAUUAGCAAAAGACAGCUGUGCGUACAAUGGUUAUGUCAACAGUAUUUAUACUAUUGCUAUCUCGAGUGUCAAUAGAGACGGAUCAGUGCCUUAUUAUGGAGAACGCUGCCCUGGCAUAAUGGCGGUUGCUUAUAGCAGAGACUCAUUUGGAGAUAAAAACCCCGUGGUAAGUCAGGAUUUCAAUCUUGAAAAUACAGCAAGUUCCUUAAGGGUUAAGGGACCACAAUUCUUUGACGUAUGUUGGAACUACUGUCUGUAGAAUUUAUUUCGGUUUCGGUUCUUUAACAUAUCCAACUUCUUGAAUUUUUUGUUCUUUUGAACAAGAGUUUUGAAAACACAAAAACGCUCAUUUUCUGUUGCCGUAAAUGGAAUUAUUAUAUGACUAAGUCUGCUUUCGCCCUGUGAUUGGUCAGGUGGUCUAUAUAACGAAAGCUAUACGGACCAAAAUGUCAAAAGCUAAUACUUAUUUUGCAGCUCGAAAUCUGUUUAUCUCGAAAAUAAGGUGGAGAGUAUUAGUGUCUGUAAACCCUAAGGUCUAGGGUGUUAACUUCGGUUUUCUAAUACGUAUUUGCUAAUACGCGUUUAUUUGAGAGCGAAGCGUACGAAGAAACUGAAUCGUAAUUUUAGCAAAGAAGAGGAUUCCAGUCCGGUCAAAAAUCGCAAGACACAGUUAGAAGACGACACCGGACUGGCAGAGAGCCGAGAUGUUUUGCUAGAGAAAAACGGGCGGUUCCGUCGACUAACAAACGUGCCUGCACCUGAUCUUGACAAGCUUUUAGUCACCGGGGGCCCGUUUCUCAAAAGCCCCGAUAAUUAACGGGCCCGUAAAGAUGUCGUUGUUUACAUGCAAGACAGAGGUUUCAAUAGUUUUGCAUCUAACAUGAUAAAACCAUCAGUUAAUGAAACAAAAUGGAGUAAUUUGCUAGCCAGGAUCCGCGCCCUUAUACUUUAUAUUUCGUUACCGGGACUUUCGAGAAACGAGUCCCUGUAGCUUUUUUUUUUCUCAAAGACCAACGAAGGAAAGAUGGAAGCAAUUUCGAGCCAGACACAGUGUUUACUUUUCAAAAGACUCCAACGUCACAUAAGGUAGCUAAAACUUACAGUGGUACUUUCAAAGCGUUCAGUUUGUGCUAUUGUUUUCUUGGGCCAAUGAAAACUUUCACUUUCUGAUGCCUGUCAAAUGACCGCCAAAUCGCUUGACCUGCACUUUCUAUCCGGUACCCCGAACAGGACGCGAUAAAAUAAAUAUCUUAUUACUAAGCGUUAGUAAUAAAAUAUUUAUUAUAUCGCGUGUUGUAAGCCUUGUUUUUCUGGUCCGUACUGUAAAUUACGGACCGUCGCUUUUUUUCCUAUCGAUUUAUGGCCUGCGUGCUUCCCGCUUGGGCCAUAGACCAAAAAAAAUAAAUAAAUAAAUAAACUCGGUCUUUGAGUCACUGUACAGAUCUCAAACUUGAAGUCGGCUAACAAGAGGUAUUAAUCGCACUUCUUUGUUAAUAACAAUUCGUUGCAGGUUACCGCUGGUCAGAAUGGGAAAUGUGAAUACUAUUUUGGUGGAAGCUCUGCCGCGAAUGCAAUGGCGUCAGGAUUGAUCGCACUCACCCUUGAGGCCAAGUAUGACUAAGUGUAUAAACGGAUUACUUCAAAAGUAGCAAAGAUAACAACCGGUAAUAGGAAGCUUAAGCAACCAUGAGGACAACGGCAGUUAAAACGUCACUAAAAAAAUACUUGUGUUCUUUUUAUAAAAUUUCAUCGCGGUUAUUUAUCCUCUCUCAAUUUGUCAAAUGUAUGGGAACUUUCUUGGAGCUGAACUCUAAAACACUAUAUUCAAUCUCAAAAUAGGAAUGAAAGCUCCACAUCUAGUAUUCAUGUCUUCCGUAAAACCGUCACAUUAAGUAGGAAGUUACUCAGUGGACGCGCUGUGGAAGUGAAAGAAAUACAACAAAAAGCUAAGCAUCAUGCACGUGCAGAGUUGUCUUACUCAUAAUUUUUCUUUGACUUCCUUACUGCCAUCUUCGUGGUGGCUGCUCAAGCUCUCUAAUUAGGCCCCAUUCAGACGCCCCACUUCACAUGACCCGAACUGAAUUGAAUGUUACUGAUAUGGGGAACGGGGAGCGGGGAACGAGUACGGGAAGGAACGGGGAAAUUAAAAAUUGGAACAAAUCCCAACUUGAACCCUAGCCCUAUCAGGAACUUCAUUUCCAAUUCCCGCAAUUUAUUCCCACUUUUCAUUUUCCUGUUCCCAGUACUCGUUCCCUGCUCAUUUUUCCUCGUUUUAGUUACAUGCAUCUGAAUUCAAUGAAUGAAGUUCAUGUGAACUACGGCAUCUGAAUCAAUUCAGCCGGCUCUUAAAUUAGUUUGAGUCUGACUAAAUUCAAAUUCCAUUCGGGUCAUACGAGGUACGGCGUAUGAACCGGGGCCUAACAGUCCAGUUUCGAGUAAAACAUGGACCCUGAAUGAAAGCAGCAAAGACGCAUGUUUACAUGUUCAUAUGGCGAAAACAAGCCCGAGUAGAAGGGUCACCCUCCAAGCCGAGUCAACGUUAGCGAACCUUUAUGUGAGAAAAAGGUUGAUUCCUUUGCUCGAACGAACAGCGCUCGCACAUGACUGUCUCACCUUGAUUGAGUUGUUCCGGCUUGGUGAGCCAAGGUUUUUAUAUGGAGAAGAGUUGGUGCGGCUGCGUGGGUGAUGACCUUAACAUCACAAAAGAGUGACCCGGCUGGGCGGGCUCGCCCAGGGUAGCUUGGCCAGGCAGGUGACCCUUGACAAUAAACUGGGCCUUAGCCUCAAUCUCGAGUAAAUAUAGGUACGUUUAAAUAAGUAGCCCUUGUUUUUUAUGCGUGAGAGUCGAACUAAAGCUCGGCGAGACACAUCCGCACCGGACGCCUUUAUAAUGAAGUGGAUUCUGUCUUUCACAGGAUUCUUUCAAGAUAAAAUUAUAAGGAUAAUGCUAUUAGAUACCGAGCAACAAUGGAAAAUGUACAAAAAAAUUAACGCAAGUAUGCAUGCGCCCUUAGUAAAAGCAGUGAUUUUUUUUUUGUUUCAGUAAAAAAUUGACGUGGCGCGACGUUCAACACAUCAUUGUUAGAAGUUCAAGGUUUGCUGGAAGGAAUCCGCCUGAUAUGGUUGAAAAUGGCGCUGGGCUGAAAGGUUAGAGGAAACAAAAGAGUUAACAAAUUUAUUAUUGAAUGUGGCUGACUGUUUGCCGCGUUUCUUAAUAUCACAACAUUCUUUUGUUAUAUUUUAUGUCCUUAAUAAUCCGUAAAGAAAUUAUUUUCUUCUAAUUGGCCUUAACAAUAAAGAAAAGCUAACGGUUCAAAUGUAAUUUUUACCUUUUGGUGGAUUUAAGGACUUUCUCAUUUCAUGGUAGAUUGAAUGGAACGAAGGAGGGACUUUGUUCUUCAUCAAAACAGUUAUAGAAUAACAUUUUUCAGUGCUUUUUUGAUUCCAUCUGUUUUUAAAAUGCUUCCGAUCUAGUAAAGUUAGUGAGUGAUCAAUAUCAUAUGGCAUAAUUUUGGGGGAAACGAAACGCUUUCGGGACCUUCUGACGUUUGAUGAAGCGUUGGAUUUUGACAACAACAAAGCAUUUUCAACAUUUAAGGAAUUCUGUUAAUUUUUAUUAGGAAAUCAUACAAGAGCAGAAAUCCGAAGCUUUAAACUGCAAACUCGUCAGAAAGAAUCCUCCAGCAAUCUUAUUUAUUUUUUGAAGCUGUUAGCUGGUGUACCUGGCCAAGCUUUCGGCCUUCUUCUCUUGCCCGCAAAAUGUAAGACAAAAAUUAAGGACUUUAAGAAUACCAGACUAGCUAUUGCCUGAAGUAAAGGUGAAUUCCUCUCGCCCAAUAACUUCGCUAUAUAAAAGAAAAUUAAGAGGCUAGCUCUUUCUUUCUAUACUUUUUACUCCGCUUUUUUCAUGGAAAAACUUUGAUAACAGGUGAACAAAAGACCUUUACAGGUUGUAUGUUCACGCGAACAGCGGUAACUAACAAUGAAUUUAAAAUAUACAGAAAUGUUAGGUAUUGUUGUCCACGAAAAUAUGAAACUUGGAGACUAUAUAGCCUGCGAAAACAGACGUUUCUCCUCGCUCAUAGCCGCUGGAGGACGUUUCGCGAGGAGGAACGUCUGCGACUUAGCGACAGAAAUUCCAUACUGUUGACGUAAAAUUCGGAAUCCGGUCAUAAGCGCUGAUUGGACGUCGGAGCAGUUAUAUUGUUCUAGCCAUAGUUUAGGAAUGACAGACACAAGACAAAGGGCUACAAAGGUCAAAUAUAGACGCGAUGAAUCUAUACCAAAACAGUCAAUAUUUGUGGAAUAUAUUCUUCUCUAGAAGAAGCGUUCGAGUUUUGCUGGAUCUCGUUCGCAAAUGAACACAACACUUUACCAAAAUCGACCAGGAGAAACGUUAAAUUGGUCAAAUUUGCUCUUGGAACCUCAUAACUACCAGAUUUAUUAUGUAAACGUUAAUAUACGUCCUCAAUGUGGAAUUUCUGUCGCUGAGUCGCAGACGUUCCUCCUCGCGAAACGUCCCAAGCGGCGAGGAGCGUGAAGAAACGGCUGUUUUCGCAGGCUAGAAACAAUACCCCUGAAUACUGAGAGGCUCUAGCUUUUAAACACCAAAUUUCGGCAAAAAGUUAGCGAAUUGUAGCCCGUAUUUUACAAAAAAAAUACUCAAUAGAAUUACAAUUAGUAAAAUUACAAUAUAUGAAUCAUCUUGAAGCUCAAAGGUCGUAUAAGGCGACGGUUAUUCUCGAGAAUCUGAAAAAUCUAUCGAGCGGUUUCAAAAUUAUUCGCUUUAAGACUAAAACUGUUGUUUACAAACCGCUAACAAGAGCGCUUCGAUACAUAUUAAUCAAAUCCUUCUGUCUGGGAAUCGGCUGGAGCUAUUUUCAUUAUCUUUCACACAGGUUCUUAAAAAGAUUGAAACUACUAUGAGAUGAGACUGCAUUUCAAAAGCGCUUCGUUUCUUUUACAGAUAACGGCCAAACUCAAGAUUGUCUAAGCUAAGUUUUAACUUAUUUGUAUUCAUAAAAAAAUUCACUCCCACAAUAUCUUGAUAACGCUCUGAUAGAUCGAGGCGGCUCUUCGAGGAAAAAUGUCCCUUGAACAAUUUUGAAAGAACACAUCCCAGUGCCGAGAAAUACGGCUGCAAGUAAAAUAGGUAGUGGCGUCAUUUCGUUGCUAUGACUACUCCAAUGUCAUUGUAACCUUGAUCAUAAUAUUUUUUUUUCUUUAUCUAAUACAGCUGUGUUGGUAAUUUUUCCAAAUCAUUGUUAAUGGCGACUUAGUUAAUGCUCAAACUCAAGAGGUAUUGACCCUGAAAAACCCCAUCGAGCCACCUUAACUGUCCGAUGUUUCACGGGAAGCUGGAAAAAAAUGACCAAAGACUGCUUCCGCCAGAACAGCCCUUACUGAUAAUCCUGACGGUAGAUACAGCGAAACCGGAGUGACCCAUUCAGCCUUGAGGAUUGCUUGUCAUAUGAAAAGCUUUCGUUUCUGGUUUUGCCUUCGUUCGUUUUAGUUAUUUUAGACUGUGUAUCUCUUCUAUUUUCUCUUACUUUGUAGUAAGCAAUUAUUUGGGAUUUGGGCUAAUGGACGCACUUCAAAUGGUCAACUUUGCAAGGAAAUGGAAGAAUGUACCGAAACAAAUGCAUUGUGAAGUGCAAAAAUACCUAGGCAGCUACGUCAAGUACGUUAGUUUUUGGUUAAUUUAUAAUUUGUUAGUUAUUAUUAUUAUGCCGAGUUAUCAACUGGAUGCUAAAAGGUGAAAAAGCUACACAGGGCGCACAGCGUAACCUGGGUGCCUAGGAGUUAAAAAGAAAUAUAAUAAAAUAUAUAUAUUUAUUAUAUAGACACGAGUGUUUUACUGGAAAAUAAGGAAGGCUACAAAAUAGCUGGAAAAGAUUUAUUGCUUGUAGAUUCUUCGGAUUUGCGAGUUUUCGCCACCUGAAUGAUAGGGACUUGAAAGAAUCAUCUCACAGGGGGGGAGGGGGGGGGGGGGGGGGAAGCAGGGGUGCCCUGGACCAGACAUUUAAGUCAUUACGCAAACACUGUUCUCUCACUGCUUCUCUCUUAGGCCCCUUACAUCUAAAAUCGAGAUUUUGCAUAACUCCUGCAAGGAACGAAUUGGUUUUCUGGAACAUGUUCUUGUUAGAGUCAACCUCCAAAUUUGGCCCAGAGGAGACUUGCUACUGUCCUUAAAGUCGCCAAAUGGAACAGUGUCUCGUCUUACUCAGCACCGGCCGUUCGAUAGAUUUAAAAGCGUCUCCACUAACCUUACAAACUGGAAUAUUUUGACUCUUCAUCACUGGGGCGAGGAUCCAAGAGGAACCUGGACAUUAAAGGCUGGUGGCGAUUAUGGUUAGUAAACAGUGAGCUCUUUUAUCGACUUAGCCGGGGAGAUCAAGAAAACAACAACAACUAUCCUCGUCCCCAGGGCGCUUUUCCCGGGCUAAAAAAGCGCCCUGGGGACGAGAUUGAACAACAACAACAAUAAUAAUGAUAAUAAUAUUGUUGUGAAACGUUUGAACCCAGGAGUCUUUCAAAAGUAGGUUGAGUUUGAUCCGUUCACCCGGACAAUCAAACUCAACCUACUUUGGAAUAAUAUUGUUAUUAUUCUAAUAAUAAUAAUAAUAAUAAUAAUAAUAAUAAUAAUAAUAAUGUAAAGUGUUCUUUAAACAUAACCAAAAAAGGAUCACUAUUUUGUUACCGCUUUCAAUGCCUGACUGUUCUCAAAGCUACAAGGAAAAAAAAACAGAAAUGCCAGGAGCCUUUAAUAGGCUCAUCGUCUCUACCAACCAACGAGUUGUAGUGAAGUCUUUUAGCGGAGCCACGACACAAGACAUGAAGUCUUAUAUCCAGCCAACGAUCGAUAAUGCUCCAGAUAGGAUUUGUUUACAUAUCGGGACCAAUGAUUUAAAAUCCAAGGCACCAGAUGAUAUUACAAACGCUAUUGUGGAUCUUGCCAAGACCAUUCAAUUUACCUGUGGAGCCGAGGUUGGAUUAUCUGAGUUAACUACGCGCAAAGAUGCCCACAAAGAAUCAGUAAAAUCUGUUAACAAGCUCCUCAUUAAAUAUUCCAAGCAGCAUCAAUGGUCUUUGGUUCGCCACUCCAACAUCACGGAGAAAGUCUUAAACAGAGGUGGUUUACAUUUAACCAAACAAGGUAACGAACUAUUAAAUAAAAACUUUGCAUCAUGUUUAGCAGCCAAGGAAGCUAAUCAUCAUUGAACUGUUUCCUCGAAUGCCGAUCGUCUUGAUUGUUAUGAAUCUCAUAUCAAUAGCUACAAUAAUUGCAUAUCGACUCAAUCAAUUUUGGAUCAGCAGAGAUCCAUUAUUAACAAUCACAUUCCUUCAAAACGAGGAUUUAAGUUAGCUUCACUAAAUGUUAACAAACUCUCCACGCAUAUUGAUGAAAUUAGAAUUUUGCUUGCCGAUAAGUGCCUAGAUGUUCUUGCUAUUCAGGAAACUAAACUAGACGUGUCUAAUAAUAACUCUGAUUUUUAUAUCUGUGGCUACGAAUUAAUUCGAAGAGAUAGGCUUAGCGAUGGUGGCGGAGGUAUAUGCUUUUAUAUUAAAUCAACAAUAAAUUUCUCCGUGCGGACGGAUCUCAAUGUUGACGAGCUUGAAAACCUGUGUAUCGAAAUUCGCAAGCCGACCUCUAAACCUUUUAUUGUUGUCAAUUGGUAUAGGCCUCCUAACUCUCCAAUUGGGCUAUUCUCACAUUUGGAAAAUCUUAUUGCAAGACUUGACCUAACAAAUCUUGAAUUUUUCCUACUUGGUGAUAUGAAUGCCGAUAUGGCCUCAACCAAUUACGACAACAAUGUCCGUCAGCUAAUAAAUAUUGCUGAUAUUUAUGGCCUCCACCAACUCAUUUCUGAUCCUACUCGGAUAACAGAUAAAUCAUCCACUCUGAUUGAUUUAAUUUAUACAAAUUGUCCUGAGAAGGUAGUCUGCUCUGGAGUCGCCCAUAUCAGUAUUAGUGAUCACAGUCUUGUUUGUGCCAAAUUUCGUAACGAUAUUUGCAAUGAGAACUGGGAAUUUUUGGCUCCAGCUCUUGAUCCCAACCAAAUGUGGACAGAGUGGAAAACCAAAUUUUUACAGAUUGUUGACAAACAUGCUCCAAUUCGAAUUAAGCGCGUUAGAUCUAAAAAUUCUCCGUGAAUUACUGCUGAUUUGAAAGAAUGC